AUGGGGGCUGUCUGGAAAGUAUCCCAACACGGAUGUCUCUGUUUUUCACAGGGCAUACCUCAGCUACCAUGUGCCAAAGCAUUAUACAACUAUGAAGGGAAAGAGCCUGGAGACCUUAAAUUCAGCAAAGGAGACAUCGUCAUCUUGCGCCGGCAGGUGGAUGAAAACUGGUACCAUGGAGAAGUCAAUGGGAUCCAUGGCUUUUUCCCUACCAACUUCGUGCAGAUUAUCAAACCGUUACCUCAGCCCCCACCUCAGUGCAAAGCCCUCUAUGACUUCGAAGUGAAAGACAGGGAAGCGGACAAAGACUGCCUUCCUUUCUCAAAGGAUGACAUCCUGACUGUGAUCCGCAGGGUGGAUGAAAACUGGGCUGAAGGGAUGCUGGCAGACAAGAUAGGCAUAUUUCCAAUUUCAUACGUCGAGUUUAAUUCUGCAGCGAAGCAGCUGAUAGACUGGGACAAGCCCCCUGCACUGGGACUUGAUGCUGGGGAAGGUGCCGCCCCAAGGCGCCCUGACACCAAGAAGAGUGCCAAGAAGCGGCACUCCUUCACAGCCCUCACCACAGCCACCAAGGCCGCCCAGGCACCCCAGAAUCGCCAUUCUAUGGAAAUCAGCCCGCCUGUGCUCAUUAGCUCCAGCAACCCCACGGCUGCUGCCCGCAUCAGUGAGCUCUCCGGGCUCUCCUGCAGCGCCCCUUCUCAGGUUCAUAUAAGUACCACUGGGUUAAUUGUGACCCCACCCCCAAGCAGCCCAGUGACAACUGGCCCCUCAUUUGCUUUCCCCUCAGACCUUCCCUACCAUGCCACUCUAGGGAGUAUGAAUCCUCCUCUCCCUCCACCACCUCUCCUGACUGCCACUGUCCUCGCCUCCAUGCUGCCAGGUGCUGCUGCUGGAAUGGGACCGAGGCCCGGGGCGGGGGCCGCUGAGCAGCCUGCACACUCACGGCCUCAGCCUCGCCCCAGCGUGUACAUGGCUGUGUAUCCUUAUACUCCCCGCAAGGAAGAUGAGCUGGAGCUAAGGAAAGGGGAGAUGUUUCUAGUGUUUGAGCGCUGCCAGGAUGGCUGGUUCAAAGGCACAUCGAUGCACACCAGUAGAACAGGGGUCUUCCCUGGCAAUUAUAUGGCCCCAGUUACCAGGACGGUGACAAAUGUUUCCCAAGCUAAAGUCCCUGUGUCUACUGCUGGCCAGAUAAGUCGGGGGGUGACUAUGGUCAGUCCGUCCACUGCGGGAGGGCCUGCCCAGAAGCUCCAGGGAAAUGGCAUGGCUGGGAGCCCUGGUGUUGUCCCCACUGCCGUGGUAUCAGCAGCUCACAUGCAGACGAGUCCCCAGGCUAAGGUCCUGUUGCACAUGACGGGGCAAAUGACAGUCAGCCAGGCCCGCAAUGCUGUGAGGACAGACUCAGCUCACAGCCAAGAACGCCCUACAGCAGCAGUGACACCCAUCCAGGUCCAGAGCACCACCUGCCUCGGCCCCACAGCAGGGGGGCUACCUCCCCACAUGCUGGCCUCCCCUCACCCCUUGCCCACCACGGCCGGCCCCGCCCCCCAUGCUGCUACUGGUGGUCCCAGUCGAGCCAGUGCCCCCCUGGCCUGCACGGCACCUGCGUCGCUGACCUCCCAGAGUGUUCCUGCCGCCUCUCUGGAGAACGAACCUAGUGGCCGGACGGUGACCGUUCUUCCUGGACAUCCCACGUCACCUGACAGCACUUCUUCAGCAUGUGGGAGCAGCUCAGCAUCCAGGCCAGACAAGGACAGUAAAAAAGAAAAGAAGGGUUUGCUGAAGUUGUUGUCUGGUGCCUCCACUAAACGGAAACCCCGAGUGUCCCCUCCAGCAUCACCCACCCUGGACGUGGAGCUGGGUGGUAGUGAGCUACCUCUGCAGGGUGCAGUGGGUCCUGAGCUACCCCUUGGUGGUGGCCAUGGCAGGGCCGGCUCCUGCCCAGUGGAUGGGGAAGGCCCAGCUGCAGUGAUGACAUCAGGUGUGGCCACAACCCAAGAUGCUUCCCAUCGGAAGGCCAGCUCCCUAGACUCGGCUGUCCCUAUCGCUCCCCCUCCUCGGCAGGCAUGCUCCGCCAUGUGUGAGUCCAGGCCCGUUGUUUGUGAGAGGCACAGGGUGGUGGUUUCCUACCCUCCUCAGAGCGAGGCGGAGCUCGAGCUUAAAGAGGGAGACAUUGUGUUUGUUCAUAAGAAACGAGAGGACGGCUGGUUCAAAGGCACAUUACAGCGCAAUGGGAAAACGGGCCUUUUCCCAGGAAGCUUUGUGGAAAACAUCUGAGGGGAGAAACCAACCCUGAGAAGGCUUAAAAGUCACAUCACACAACAAAAUAGCACAAAGCAGCGUAUGGGAAGAGCACAUGUGAGGACCUCAGGUGGUCAGGAGAUGAGCAGAGGGCUGAUGUGCUACAGUGGGCAAGGGUUUGAGAGCUUGUCACUCUGGACCUUGACGUGUCAGGAGUGCCUUGUCCCAUCUGACUCUGCAGAGAAACUGUUCUUUUUAAAGAUACAUAACUAAAAUGGACCAUUGUUUACAAGGCUUAACUAAUUUAUUUGCUUUUUUAAACUUGAACUUUUCUUAUGAUAGAUGAAUUCUCUGGACUAUGAUUUUAAGAAAUUAUUAAUUUAUGAAAUGAUAGCUAAGGAGAAGCUGGAUAGUCUCCUGCUGAGAGGAAGAGAUUUGAUUUGAUGUAGAAUGCACCUUCCCUCCCUCCCUCCUUCGCUACCCCUCACUGUUAUAUUUUGGGCUUAUGUUUUGCUUCUUUCAGACAGAAAUGCCAGUUAUCUAAUUUAGUUUCCUUCUUUGGGAAAUGGAACAUUCAGCUGCAUCAGUAUCUGUGAGGGCUUGGGGCAGGGAGGAAGAAGAGAAUCGGUGAUCCUGUCUUUCUACUUUGGUUGAGAAUCACUCUUGAGAUCUAAACUUUGAUUUAAUUUUGUAGGUUCUUAGUUUGCCUAGAAUGAAAUCAGUGAAGUGAUAGGGAAUAAAGCACAACCCUCUGGCCAGAUCAUGGCUCGUGCCUGUAAUCCCAGCACUCUGGGAGGCUGA